AUGGCUCAACCUUCAACCCCCGGACAAUCUAUCUUUGGCGGGCCUACCCCUGUCGUCGGAACAACGCAGGCCUUGGGCGCUGUCAACCAGACUUCGUCGACCUCGAAUUCGCUGCAACCGACGCCGACGCCGCCUUCGGCCACUUCGUCGUCUAACAAUACCUACAUCAUGCCCAAUUCCCCUGCAAAGGGUCGCAGCGUCGCCGAUGGAUACCGACCCAAAGUCACCCGCACGCUAGGCCAGAGACCCGCUUGCCUAGUAAAUGCUUCAGUGACGUAUUGUGGGAAUAAUCAAAUAUAUGCUUUUGGAGGGUUCGACCAGUAUACCGAUGAGGUUUAUAAUCACGUGCUGAGGCUGGACCUCGUCAGCCAUCAAUGGAGUCUUGUCGACAACUAUGGUGAUAUUCCAGGAGUUCGGAUGGGACACACUGCGACUUUGUAUCAGGGAAACAAACUCUUAGUCUUUGGCGGCGAGAACGAGCAUCGAACGUACCUCUCGGACCUUAUUGUCUUUGACCUCAAGACUGCCCACUGGACUCAGCCACAAGUCUCGGGCCCGAUCCCGAAAGGUAGAGCGAGACAUGCUGCUGUCUUACACGAGGACAAGCUCUUCAUCAUUGGUGGCAUAACUGGUCAGAACAACUAUGUGUUGGAUGACAUUUGCUACCUCGAUUUGAAAACCUUUACCUGGUCUAAGUCUUGGCGUUUUGUUGGUCGUUUCGACCACUCAGCUUACAUCUGGGGCGACCGAGUCUGGGUAUUUGGAGGUUUGAGUGAGGACAUGGAUAAGAUCAGCGAUCUGUGGUGGUUAGAUCUGAAAGGAAAUCCGCAAUUUGAUUCUCGACCUCAAAUAGGCAUCUUCGAUCGAGGUUCUCUGUCUACUCGAGCUAGUAGCUCUCCCCGACCUCCAUACACCAUGUCCCAGGCUCCUGUCGUAGGGGCUUCUGGCUACGCCGCCAAUUCUCGCACAGCCCAGGUCAACCCGCCGUCAAUUCAAAUGAAGACAUACGCGCCUGUGGCCCCGGGGUCUAUAUCUGCUCUCAAAUUCAUGUCUGGUCCCUCGAUUCCCUCUCAGGGCUCGGGUCUUCACUUUCAUGCCUACUCUUCGGGUACUCUUCUUGAUUUUGUCACACCUGCGGCGACUCUCACAUCGAGAGAGUGUUCUUUGUCAGCCCUGGACCUUGGUACGCUUCGCUGGACGAAGCUUGCUGGAGGGCGGGAGAUCUUCAAAGCGGGUUACAGGUGGCAUUACUGCUGUAUGAAUGAGGAUGGCACCAAAUCCUGGUUACUAGGAUGCCCAACUGACCCUGCUCCGGGCGACAUAGGGCCUAAUGGCUAUGAAGAAUAUCUUAGCGAUAUUAUGGAAAUUGACCUGCGACGAUAUGGCUUUCUGGGUGACAAUUUGACACCAGAACCAAGGGUAGAGUCAAGGCCAUCUGCAAUGACAAGAGCCGUGGAUCAACCUUCUAAAGGAUUGGGUUCAGAUCUAGCGAAGCUCUUCAACCAGCCACCCGAGACAGGCAGCGGAACUGAUUUUGUCGUUACUGCGCUGGCUGGUGAUUACGAGGACGACGAGGCUCUCAGCUCCGGUCUGAUUCGAAAUGAUGAGACAACACCGCGAAACGAGAGCUGGCUCUCAGCAGACGCGCCGACCUCACAACCCAUUCAUGUUCACAAGCUCAUUCUCCAAGCGCGUUGGCCACACUUUGCGCGUCUUUACAACGCCCAGAUGGCUGAGUUUCACACCAAAAAGAUGCAUAUCCCCGAGCCUUACAGUGUAGUCAAGGCCUUUCUCUACUACCUAUACACAGAUAGCAUCCGUGGUACCUCAGACAACGAUAGUGACGCAACCACGGCGCUCUCUGAUGUGGCCGGCCUUCUGGUAAUGUCCAAUAUCUACAAUAUCCCUCAUCUUCGCCUGCUCUGUGUCAAUAGACUUGCCAAAGAACUCGAUGUCGACCAUGCUUGUAUCAUAUGGUACUGUGCAGGGCUCGCUAAUGAAGAGUGGCUGCGCAAACGUGCCGCAGGAUUCUGCAUGACCCACUGGGGCCGUAUUGUCCGGACCCAGGGCUUCCUUCGUUUGCCGCGCACUGCACUCGUCGAGCUUUCACAAGAAAUCGACAUGGAAGGACGUAUCAUCGGCGGAGAAGAACUCGAAUGGGGCGGCAUGAACGAUAGCAUGGGACACGAUGCUCGUAAGGGGAGCAUAAGCAGUAACCAAACCCAUAUGAUCGAGUCUGAAGCCGAUGACGACGAUGGCAUGGAGAUGACAUGA